GGCAGCCAUGGCUCUCGCACGCGCGUCCUGUCUGCUUCUGCUCCUUUCCGCUGGGGUCCUGGGUGCCCCCUCUCUAUCGCCUUCAACCCCCCCGCCCCUUCCUCCUUCUGCCCCUUCUGCAGCGUCCCCAGACACCCCGGCGUCCCAGAGUCCAGAGUCUCCCGUCAAGGCCCCGAGGAUCGUGGGGGGCGUGGGGGUGUCCCUCGGGGAGCUCCCGUUCAUGGUCAGCCUCCAGGACACUUCGUUCGGCAGCGUUGUCCACUUCUGCGGCGGCGCCAUCUACGACCACACGCACCUCGUCACGGCCGCUCACUGCGUCUCCUCCAUCGAUAUCUCUUUGCUGCAGGUCGUGGCAGGCGAGAACGACCUGAGCGUGACAGAGGGCCACGAGCAGACUCUUCAGGUGGAGUCCAUCGUCAUCCACCCCGAUUUCAGGGAGAUCGACUACUAUAACGACAUCGCCUUGCUCAGAGUCCAGGGCAAAUUCGUGUUCAAUGAGUUCGUGCAGCCCGUGAAGAUGCCCAACGGGAAAGAGGCAUCAGGGACGUGCGUCGUGUCCGGCUGGGGCGCCACGGAAGAGAACGGGGACACCAUCAACCUCCUGAAGAAGGUGUCGGUGCCGGUAUGGACGGACUCCAACUGUCGCCAGAUCUACGGGUCCGAGAAAGUCCUGGACUCGAUGGUCUGCGCCGGAUUCGAGGAGGGAGGCAAGGACGCGUGCCAUGGCGAUUCGGGAAGUCCUUUGAUGUGUUACGGCUCAGACUCGAAAGCCUUCUUCGCGGGAGUCAUGUCCUGGGGCUACGGGUGUGCGAGACCCGACCGCCCGAGCGUAUAUUCCGAGGUCUCCCACUUCAGCCAAUGGCUCGAGGAAAACAUCUAAUGGGGCAGUUGGGGUGGAUGGCCCCUGCCUGCCGCGCUUCUGCUUGGUUUCUCUUAUAUCUCGUUUUUCGAUUAUCUGUCCCUCUAUCUCCAUCAAUUUCUGGCUCUCUCUGUUUCUUUGUGCUCCUUUCUAU